CUAAACGACAAUCUAAAGAUAAAUCCUCAACAAAAAGACAAAAUAAAAAACAACGAAUAUCCAAAGUAAUUGAUUUAACUGAUGAAUCUCAAAACAAUAAUGAACCCAAAGAAUCUAGUAUGACGAUGAUGGAAGAAUUAGAAUAUGAGGAACGCAUGUUGAUGAUUGCAGAAUGUAAAGAAAAACUGAGGGAAUUACGAAUUUCUAAUGCUAUUAAAGAGCGUGAAUAUGGUCUCGAAAAAUAA